CCCAUUGGCUGUGGCCCAGGGACAUUCAGCUCAGUCAUGGGGAACAGUGACAGAGAAAACUGUGAACCAUGCCCAGCAGGCUACUUCUGUCAGGGGGAUGGAGUGGUGGUACCGGUUGCUUGUCCCCAGGGGUUUUAUUGCCCCCUUGGAACUGUGAUGGGCACAGAGUUCCCCUGCCCUCAAGGGACAGUGCAACCACAAAUUGGAGCCUCUACUGAAGGGGAUUGCUUACCAUGCCCUUCAGGUAUGUUCUGUGCCCUGCCUGGGCUUUCUGAGCCUACGGGGCACUGCCAGGAGGGCUAUUAUUGUCCUCUGGGAGCUAUCAACCCUAAUGCUACUGGAUACAAGAUGAACUCUACUGGAAAUAACAUGUGCCCUCCUGGUCACUACUGCCCCGCUGGCACUAGCUACCCUCUACCAUGCCCACCUGGAUCAUUCUCAAGCUCUCCAGGGUUAAGCAUUGUAGAGAAGUGCCAGUCCUGCCCACCAGGCUACUUCUGUGAGCAGCCUGCAAUGGUCAGCGCCUCUGAUGCUUUGCUCUGUGAUGCUGGGUAUGUAUGCCUUGGAGGUAGUCGCAGUUCUCGCCCAGUUGAUGGACUGGAGGGUUAUAUUUGUCCCAGUGGCUACAGUUGCCCCAUUGGUACCCCAGUGGAAAUGCCAUGUGAGCCUGGCACUUAUAGCAGUGCCCGUGGAGCUGCUCAUUGUCUUUCCUGUCCAUCAGGUACCAUGUGCCCUUCCUCAGCCACUCAAGAGCCCUCCCCAUGUCCUAAAGGUAUCUUGAGUUCUCUCCUGUAUUGUGAAACAUCAACUUGACUAUUGUUAUUAUUGUAUUAUGUUCGUAAAUAUCCAAGGACAAAAUUAACCAAACCUACAAAAAUCAAACUCUGUAUUUGUUAUUCGGGCAAAACAUUCUAUGUGUUAUUAUUGAGCA